AUGGAACCACAAAUGCAGCAGCAGCAGCAGCAGCUGCAGGAGCAGCCGCAGCAACAGCCACAGCAGCAGCAGCCGCAGCAGCGGACAACCAGGCCGCCGGCCACAGCGAUGGAGAAGCUGCUGUGGAGCAGCAGCAGCGAGCUGACGCCGAGCAGCAGCAGCAGCAGCAGCAGCAACAGGACGAGGAGGCGGCCGCGUUGGCUGCAGCAGCAGAAGGCCCUCGGAGCCCCCACCCGGCCUACGAAGCAGCAGCAGCAGCAGCAGCGCGAAGCAGCAGCGGGGCCGCUGGGGCUAGCAGCAGCAGCAGCAGGCAGAAAUGGCUGCAGCGUUCGCCUUCUCUGCUGCUGCAGCAGGAGGGGGGGCCCCCUAUUACCCCCUGGGGCCCCCGGGGCCCCACGAAAUGUUCCCCCAGCUGCUGCUGGACCCCACACAAUACUUUUUGCAUUUGCUGCCACCCCAGGGGGCCCCCCCGAACUACUUUGCUGCUUGCUGUUCCGCCCCCCCCGCCAAGAGCAGCAGCAGCAGCAGCAGCAGCUGCAGCAGCAGCAGCAGCUACAGCAGCAGCUGCCACCCGCACCCCCUCCCUCCAUGGGGCUUCGCCGCCCUCCAUGUGUUACCCGGAAUCCUUGCAGCAGCAGCAGCAGCAGCAGCAGCGCGAACAGCAGCAGCAGCAACGCGAGCAGCAGCAGCAAGAGCCACAGCAGCAGCAGCAGCACGAGAAACAGCAAAUACCCACGCCAAAUGAUAAGUGUGCACUGGUCCCGGCUGCGUCAAGCAACGGGCGCAGCAGCAGCAGCAGCAGCAGCAACAGAGUCCCUGCAGCCGCAGCAGCAGCAGCAAAACUACCUGCUACUGCAGCAGGAGCAGCAGCGCAGCAGCACCUGCAGCGGGAGCACCACCACGGAUAUGGGGCUUCCGCUGCGCCUCUCCUUGGCGCGGCUCACGCAGCAGCAGCAGCAGCAGCAGUUGCUGCAGCAGCAGCAGCUGCUGCUGCUGUCGCAGCAAACUUGCAGCAGCAGCAGAAGCAGCGGCAGCAGUGCAGCAGCAACGCUGCAGCUGCUGAUUCAGCCCGAGGAGCACUGCUGUGCAGCAGCAGCAGCAGCGGCAAGAUCAGCAGCGGCAGCAGCAAGAGCCGCACAGGAGCAGCAGCAGCAAAAGCUGCGCAGCAGCAACAGCAGAAGCUGCACAGCAGCAGCAGCAAGGGCUGCAAAGCAGCAGCACAAGCUGCAAAGCAGCAGCACAAGCUGCAAAGCAGCAGCAACAAAAGCUGCAAAGCAGCAGCUGCAGCAAAAGCUGCACAGCAGCAGCCGCAGCAGCAAAAGCUGCACAGCAGCAGCAGCAGCAAAAGCUGCAAAGCAGCAGCAGCAGCUGCUGCUGCUGCUGCUGCUGCUGCCCCUCAAUAUGCAAUUCUCCAUUUUGCUGCAGAGCCGCCAGCUGAAGGCAAACGGGGUGUAUGCGCAGCGCCGCUGCGGCUGCCCACAGGAACAGCAGCAGCACCAGCAGCAGCAGCAGCAGCAGCAGCAAACAAGCAGAACAAAUAUAUUUAUGUUUUUAUUUAAAAUCCGGACUUUUGCUUUAAUUCAUGUUCUUGAAAGCUUCGAAGAUUCAGCAGCACCAAUUGGUUUGAGCUGUUUGCUGUGA